GAACCCAACCAAAAACCCUUCCAAGCAAUAUUUUUCUCUCUAGCUCUGCAACCCCAAACCCCGAUCGCCGACAUUCUGUUCCUCCAUGGCAGAAUCCGAGCAGUACCCAAAGGAGUAUUACAACACGGAAGCCGUUCAAAGAGUCUCAUCUGAUUCUUACUCUUCAUCCACAACCAGCGUUCACGUUACUGCUCUCGAUGGCCUUGUCAAUGUCAAUUCCCUUUUUACGAUCGCUGUCUUCGUGGGUCUCUCUCUUACAACCCCCGGUCAGCGAAGUCUUGAGAAUCGGUCCACCUGCGACGCCGGAAUCGACGUCGCCAAGAAGCUUCUCGUCUUCGAGGUUGUCUCUUUCAGCUUCUUCCUCUUCUCGUCGUUGGUCGCUCAGGGCCUGAAGCUCGCCAUCAACUUGCUUAAUAGCAAAGAAGUCGAUGAGGCUUUCAGAGUACACAUCAAUCUCAAGGUUUUGAGGUUCGGGAUGAUGGGCUCCGCCAUUGGAUCCGUAAUGGGUUGCUUGUUUCUGAUGCUUUCGAUGGUCAAUGUGAUCGAGAUUCGGUUAGGGAUGCUGUCCUGCGGUAGCAAAUCUGCUACUCAUGCCGUUGCAGCUUUGGUGAUACUGGUUUCUUCUGCUCUUUUGGUCUAUAUUUCCACUGCUAUAUAUGCUUUUACGCACUAAGUUAACUCGGAAAUAGCUAAUUUUUUCUAUGCAUUAUUAUGAAAAGCCCUGGCUUUUGCUUGAUGAUGUAGAAUUGAAACAGUGCUGGGUUGUGUUUUUAUGUCCAAUCCAUGAUUCUUCUUCUUCUUGGGAGUUACUGUCCUCUCCAGGGAGAUAUUGUUCAAUUUUCAGUUUUUGAAUUAGCAACAACUAGCAUUAUUCGUUCA